CUCGCAUCAUUUGGCUCGUCGUCGGGGGAGACCGGAGAGUUAAAGUCGCAAUAUUAUCCACGACGAGAGAAGGGAGUCCGCAAAAAGUUACGGAAAGUAGCACGACGGUUGAUUACAAGACCGAUAAUACUCCUUGAUGAGAUGAUCCUUUUCAACUUUGUCACGCUGAUUGCCGGCGUCGAGGUCUCCAAUUGCGGGAUAUGGUCGCGGCCGUCAGCGAUGUCGGAUUACAGGUGCUAAGGUUUAUGAACUUCGCGCCAAGAUCUCCGGGUACCUUUUCAGAGGGGCUUUCGCGUCUAUUCGGAGUCGCGCAUACCGAUCUGAAUCGGCAGGAGAAGCUACUUCUGGCACGCGAUCCUGAAGCGGCUUUCAGGAUCCGACCCAGACGCGCUCUGAGGUUCACAGUGCUACCGCCGCGCUCUUGGCGCGGACUCUCCUCCUCCUUCCCCCCGGCCGUCGUUUCCCCUCCUCGACGGGUACCCGCCCGACGCUUCGGCGAAGUCGUAGAAAAUAAUAUACACUCGAGGUGAGGAAAUUAUGCAAAUGUUUGUUUACUUCUCGGGCUCUUGCGAGAGGGAGACGCCGCGAGCGGCAGAUGUCGAAGUUAUGAAAACUUAAAAAUUGUAUCUCGCUCGUCGUGCUCGCCGGCGCGACGCGGCGCGAAUCGCUCGGGAUGUAAAGCAGGUACGUCGUAUUUUUGCGCUCGCGGGCCCCGUUUCGCUUCCGUGUCUUCGAUCGACGUCGAAUUAUGACCGCGACACCACUACACUCGGGAGAGCGCCUAUUCUCUCUCUCUCUCCCUCUCUCGCCUCGGGAUUCACAGCGACCCUUGCUUCCCGAACAAGUUUCCGAUCUCCCGGCGAAGAUAACACGGCGGAACGCUCGCGCUCCCGCGAAGUGCCUCCGAUCAUUUUUAUCGCCGUACGUCCGUCGCGGCGAAAGCUGGAGAAUAAUAUGUUUUUACGGCCCGUGAGUUUUCCCAAAGUCGCUGAAACGGUGAUUUUUAAUUCCGCCCUUUAAUCAUCGCAGUCGAUGGCGGGACGGGGGCGGUUUCCCGUAAAACUGAGCGUCAUCCCGAGACGAAACAUAGUUUCCUCCCGCCGAGAGAGGAGCCAUUGGUUUUAAAAGACAAACCCCAAGUCCCCCUAUUCGGCGGCGUGUGCAAACUCAACUCUGUAACGAGUUUUCUCCGCGCCCAAAUUGGCGUAAAUCGAAAAUGCGAAGUUAUCAACGACAGACGAAGUCAUUUGGAGCAGGCCGCGUGACUUUGAAGUGGUCCCGAAGUAAUUAGAGCUUAAAAUAAUUAAUUACGGCGCACACGCGCUCGCUGAAUUAUUACGCGCGCGGUCGAAGCGCGGUGGAGGUUUAUUUAAAAUCAUCGGAGAAUACAUUUAGCCGGCCUUCCGCGUGCGCGCGCGAGAGAGAGAGGGAAAUUAAUAUUUUCCGCAAAAUUUCUAUUUUAAACGCUUUGUCCGCGUGACGUUUGUCAGGCGCGAUCGAUAAAAUUAUCGGCCGAAUAUUCCGCCUCGCGGAAACGUCCGGCCGAACGCAAUUAGCAGGCGCGACGGCGCGUUCGGGAAGGAUACGCUUUCAUUUGGCCGGCGAAAGCUGCACACUUCCGUUUCAUAAAUCCGUAACUACAAAAUUUCGGGUUUCAUCCGCACGCGGCGCUCCACGUGCGGCUUCCGAGAUAUCACUCCCUCCUCCACCCGCGCGUCACGUCGCGUCUUCACGGCUCCCAUUACCUUAUCUCCGUAGAGAAUGAGCGGCCCCUCCCCCUCGCCCCGAGGAACGGGAAGUAUUAACCGAAGAGCGUCCCUCGGGAAAACAUUUCGCAGAAUGAUCGGUACGCAGGGACGAGCUGAAAAAGCCGUGAGAGCAAGCCGAGAAAACAGAAAAAGGAGCGGAGGAGGUGGGGGGAUCGCCCCGGGGCGCUCUCGGUAAGUCGUCACGCUCCUGGAUGCCGCCCUUCCGCCCGAUCAAUAUUGCGCGUUGGUGGGGCCGAAGCAGGGUGGUCCGCCGAGAGGGGCGAUAGGGGUUCCGCGGGGUGGCGUGGAGAGCGUCGUCGCGGUGGAAGCGGCGGUGUCGGGAGCGGGCGCGGAGUAGACACCAGGGGGGUAGCGAGGGGUUGCUGACGGCACGGGUAGGAGGGUGCGGCGACAGUGGGGGGUUGUUUAGGUGGGGACGGCGGUGGAGAAGGCAACACUGUCAUGGCGCCGCGCAGCAUCGCCAGGCAAG